GAGGGAUGUAUCAUAUCACCGUAUUUUCCCUUCCACUCAAUCUGUAUUGCGCGCGGUGCUUCGCCUUGACUCUAACCAUCCUGAUGGGCAAGUCCUUCUUAAUGGGUUUCAUAAACGUCUUCAACCGCAUUUGCACUCUACUCGUUACCACGCUGUUUCUCAUCAACUUGAUCUGAACUUGGAAACAUUCUUCAAGUCCUACUCAGCGUUGCACAUACUUAUACAGGUACCUUUCAGGUUGAGGACCUCCUAUUCCGAACAUCCAUUAGGCGCGUCUACUGAGUAAGACAACACGUCUGACGUUGCCUGGUCUAGCAUAUUCAAAUUGACGUACCGCGAAAUUUCUCUCACAGGA